UUGUUCAGCUUCACUCUCUCCCACAAGAAAGUUGUCUUCUUUUCUUUUCUUUUAUUUUCCAUCCAAAAUAGCAUUAAACCCAAACACUAAAUCUCUAAUUUGUCUAUUUAAAAAGUUUUCUUCGGCACUCACGUCAGUGUGUUGAACCACUGUAGCUUCACACGCACAACACAACAAAAGCAAAAGAUCCAAUUUUUUUCCAGAUCGGACUAAACUAGACCAACCCCAAUUUCUAUAUUUGAUUUUGUCAUUGCUUUUGCCCCCUUAGUUACCCAUUUCCUUUUCCCAUUGCGAAUCUGUUAUUAGAUCGGCUUAAACCCAGUAAACAAGGAAAUAAAAAGAAACCCAUUUGUUUCUUGUUUCACGGAAUUGUUUUAAUGUUGAAUUAUUUAAGAUUAACGUGAUCCGAUUGGAUAUUUUGGGAUUUAUAAUUAAUUAGAUCUGGAUUACGGGUAUUUUAGAUCAUAUAUGUUGUUUUAAUAGUCUGGGUUUAUUGUUGAAUUGGUUUAGGGAGGUUUUUUCCCCCUUUCUCAAUGGCAAUGCCAUCGGGAAGUGUAGUUUUGUCUGAUAAAAUGCAGUUUUCUGGGACUGCAGCUGCCGGAUCUGUCGGUGGCGGUGGUUCCGGAGGAGGAGAGAUCCAUCAGCACCAAUACCGGCAAUGGCUCCCCGAUGAGCGUGACGGCUUUAUCUAUUGGUUGCGAGGGGAAUUCGCCGCCGCCAAUGCUAUGAUUGAUGUCCUCUGUCAACAUUUGCGUGAGGUCGGUGGCGUUGGCGAGUAUGAAGCUGUCAUAGCUUGCAUUCAACAGAGGAGAUGCCAUUGGAACCCCGUGCUUCAUAUGCAGCACUAUUUCUCGGUUGCCGAAGUUCCGCAGGCGCUUCAACAGGUAGUGUGGAGCCGGAGGCAAAGGCAUUACGAUCAAGGGAAAGUUGGGGGAAAAGAAUUUAGAAGAUCCGCCGUCGGGUUUAAGGGGCAUAGGACAGAGGUAGCUAAAGAUGUGCAGAAUUCUGGGGUGGAUAGUGAUGGGAAUUCGACUGUCGCUGCAGUUUCGGACCGGAACGAGAAAGAUAGCCGCGAUAAGGGCACGGCCUCCGCUGUCACCGAGGAUAACAAUGGGUCUUUGAAGGGAUCUGCAUCCGGAAAUACAGAAUUGGGAACUGAGGAUGUAAAUGGAGGAUACACCUUGAGCUGUAAAGAGAAAGACCUACAUUCCUCCCAAAAUCAGAACGGAAAGCAGAACGCUACUUGUCCAAAAACUUUUGUUUGCAACGAGAUGUUUGACGGAAAGAUGGUCAAUGUGGUGGAUGGGCUAAAAUUGUACAAGGAACUGUUUGAUGAGAAGGACGUUUCGAAUCUUGUCUCAUUGGUAAAUGAUUUAAGGGCGGCGGGGAAAAGAGGGGAACUUCAAGAUCCGACAUACGUGGUUUCGAGAAAGCCAAUGAAGGGACAUGGUCGAGAGAUGAUCCAGUUGUGCCUUCCAAUCGCUAAUGCACCUCUAGAUGAUGAAACUGCUGCAGGGACUUCCAGAGAGCGGAGAGUCGAAGCCAUUCCUUCCUUGCUGCAAGAUGCUAUUGAUCGUUUGGUUAACUUGCAAGUUAUAACUUCAAAGCCGGACUCUUGCAUCAUCGAUGUUUAUAAUGAGGGGGAUCAUUCACCACCUCACGUGUUGCCAUCUUGGUAUGGGAGACCGGUUUGCAUCGUGUUCUUAACCGAGUGCGAUAUUACUUUUGGAAGAGUUAUUGCAUUCGAUCAUCCUGGGGACUUUAGGGGCUCUCUAAAGCUCUCUCUUUCACCGGGUUCUCUCCUUGUGAUGCAAGGAAAAUCCUGUGAUUUCGCUAAACAUGCACUUCCCUCCGUCCGAAAGCAACGCGUACUCAUCACAUUUACUAAGUAUCAACCAAAGAAAUUCAUGAUCGACAACCAGAGGCUUCCAUCGCCUUCGGUUUCUCAGCCUUCAAAAUGGGGUCCGCCACCUAGUAGACCACCCAAUCAUUUUCGCCCUUCCAUAGGUGCCAAGCCUUAUACAGCAAUACCAACAUCGGUAGUACUCCCAGCCACACCAAAUCACCCACAAAUCCCACCUCCGAAUGGUGUUCCGCCUUUAUUCGUGCCCGCUCCAGUUUCUCCUGCAAUACCGUUUCAUGCUCCGGUUCCUAUCCCACCUGGUUCGACAGCGUGGCCGGCCCCUCCUCCGAGGCACCCUGCACCUUGCCUACCUAUUCCUGGAACCGGAGUUUUCCUUCCUCCACCAGGCUCUAGUAAUCCAUCAUCGCAAGAGUUGACUACUGCAACCGAACUCAAUGUUCCAGCGGAGACAGUUUCCCAACCAGAGAAAGAGAACUGUAACGGAAGUGUAGACUGAAUCGGCAAUGGGGUAGUGAAGUAAGAACAACCGAUAACGUCGAGCAAACCUGCUAGUAACUGAGUUCAGAGUAAGAGAGGCAGGCUGUGAAGUGCAAUGAGUUUAAAGAGCGGCAACAUUUGAAACUUCCAAGUUUUUUUUUUUUGGUAUAUCUUAUUAAAUGAAAUCGCAUGGUUGGUGGAAACUCCAAUUUUAAUUUAACUUUGGUUCUUAUUAAUAUCUGGUUUACAAGUUUUGU